CCGGUGUCUCAGAGAGAGUGAUCUGAGGUCUGGAGUCCCCAGAGAAUACGGGCACUCUCUGGCAUGGCUGCCCCUCUACCAGAUCCGAGCUAGACCUUCACCGCCCUCUCUCCUCUUUGGCCUGCAGACUUGACACCCAGAAGCUUCUGGUGCCUGCAAACUGGGGUCCUAGGGGGCGUUAGCGUCAGCGGGAACUGGCCCACCUGCGCCUGUGCAUUCUAGAACAGGUGACAGCGACCCCUCUGCCACCGGAGGCUGCCGCGCCAUCAAAGCCAGGGUCGCGCAGGAGUUCGUCCUCUCGCUUCUGGAGAAGAUGCAGACUCAGGAGAUCCUGAGGAUGCUGCGGCUGCCUGAGCUGGGGGACUUGGGCCAGUUUUUCCGCAGCCUCUCAGCCACCACCCUCGUGAGUAUGGGUGCGCUGGCCGCCAUCCUCGCCUACUGGUUCACCCACCGGCCUAAGGCCUUGCAGCCGCCGUGCGAUCUCCUGAUGCAGUCAGAGGAAGUGGAGGACAGUGGUGGGGCCCGGCGAUCCGUGAUCGGGGAUGGCCCUCAGCUGCUCACCCACUACUAUGAUGAUGCCAGGACCAUGUACGAGGUGUUCCGUCGUGGGCUUAGCAUCUCAGGGAAUGGACCCUGUCUUGGCUUCAGGAAGCCCAAGAAGCUUUAUCAGUGGCUGUCCUACCAGGAGGUGGCCGACAGGGCUGAAUUUCUAGGGUCUGGACUUCUCCAGCACAAUUGUAAACCAUGUACAGAUCAGUUUAUUGGUGUUUUUGCACAAAAUCGACCGGAGUGGAUCAUCGCAGAGCUGGCUUGCUACACAUACUCUAUGGUGGUGGUCCCUCUCUAUGACACCCUGGGCCCUGGGGCAAUCCGCUACAUCAUCAACACAGCCGACAUCAGCACCGUGAUUGUGGAUAAACCUCAGAAGGCCGCGCUUCUGCUGGAGCAUGUGGAGAGGAAGGAGACGCCAGGGCUCAAGCUGAUCAUCCUCAUGGAACCAUUCGAGGAAGCUCUGAAAGACAGAGGGCAGGAGUGCGGGGUGGUGGUUAAGUCCAUGCAGGCCGUGGAGGACUGUGGCCAGCGGAAUCACCACGUCCCUGUGCCCCCAAAACCCAGUGACCUUUCCAUUGUGUGUUUCACAAGCGGCACGACAGGGAACCCAAAAGGUGCGAUGCUCACCCAUGGGAACGUGGUGGCUGAUUUCUCAGGCUUUCUGAAAGUGACAGAGAAAGUGAUCUUUCCGAGACAGGACGAUGUGCUCAUCUCCUUCCUGCCUCUGGCUCACAUGUUUGAGAGAGUCAUCCAGUCUGUCGUCUACUGCCACGGGGGGCGCGUGGGCUUCUUCCAGGGAGACAUCCGCCUCCUGUCGGAUGACAUGAAGGCUCUGUGCCCCACCAUCUUCCCUGUGGUCCCACGGCUGCUGAACCGGAUGUAUGACAAGAUUUUCAGCCAGGCAAACACGCCAUUAAAGCGCUGGCUCCUGGAAUUCGCAGCAAAACGUAAACAGGCAGAGGUCCGGAGUGGAAUCAUCAGGAAUGAUAGUAUUUGGGAUGAACUCUUCUUUAACAAAAUUCAGGCCAGUCUCGGUGGGUGUGUGCGGAUGAUUGUCACCGGAGCAGCCCCCGCAUCACCAACAGUCCUGGGAUUCCUCCGGGCAGCUCUGGGGUGCCAGGUUUAUGAAGGUUACGGCCAAACCGAGUGCACAGCUGGAUGUACCUUCACUACACCUGGGGACUGGACCUCAGGUCACGUCGGGGCCCCUCUACCCUGCAAUCAUAUCAAGCUUGUUGACGUCGAGGAGCUGAAUUAUUGGGCCAGCCAAGGAGAAGGAGAGAUAUGUGUGAGAGGACCAAAUGUGUUCAAAGGUUACUUGAAAGAUCCGGAGAGGACAAAGGAGGCCCUGGACAGCGAGGGCUGGCUUCACACUGGUGACAUUGGGAAGUGGCUGCCGGCAGGAACUCUUAAAAUUAUUGAUCGGAAGAAGCACAUAUUUAAACUCGCUCAGGGAGAGUACAUUGCGCCUGAGAAGAUCGAGAACAUCUACAUCCGGAGCGAGCCUGUGGCGCAAGUCUACGUGCACGGGGACAGCCUAAAGGCCUUUUUGGUGGGCAUUGUCGUACCCGACCCGGAAGUCAUGCCCUCUUGGGCCCAGAAGAGAGGAAUUGAAGGGACGUACGCAGAGCUCUGCGCAAAUAAGGAGCUGAAGAAAGCCAUUUUGGAAGAUAUGGUGAGGUUAGGAAAAGAAAGCGGACUCCAUUCUUUUGAACAGGUUAAAGCCAUUUACAUCCACUCUGACAUGUUCUCAGUUCAAAAUGGCUUGCUGACACCAACACUAAAGGCUAAGAGACCUGAGCUGAGAGAGUACUUCAAAAAACAAAUAGAAGAGCUUUAUUCAAUCUCCAUGUGACCUUCAAGAAAAGUUCUUUUCAGUAUAAUGGACAAUGUAGCAAUAUUAUAGCUAUUCUUGAAAGUAAUGAGUUCAGAAUGACCGGGCAGAAAAUGAAAAGCACGUGACCUUAUGACUGAGCCUUUUCCUGUCCCAAGAGAUCUUUAACCAUAUUUUCUCUCUCAUCACCGAGUACACUUUAUUUUUAUUACAAUGAUAUUGUAGCAAGCUGCUAAAAAUAUCACAAAUGGCAUUGUAAAAAUCAAGACUUUUCUCAAGAACUGUGUACCACUAAAAGUAAUAUAUUCUCAAUGUUCACAGAACUUCUAUUAAACAUAAAGGAGAAACAUAACUGAUAUAUUGUACUUAAUUAUUUGUGGACUAGUAACCAGAUACAGCAAAUAUCUAGGCAAUGUGGACUACCUCAUUCAGUAACUGAUGGUCAAAAAUCACAAUUAAAUCAGACUUAAAAAAUUAAAACGAAUACAGGAGCAUGCUGAAACAAACCAUAACUCACAUUCUGCCUAACUCCAGAUUCUUUAAACAUAACAGUCCUUAUUGAUGUGAAGAUUUUUUUCGCCAGUUUUACUUUUAUUUAUGAAGAAUGCAAAUUCAAAUAUUCUUAAAUCGUGUUAUAUUUGCAUAACAUUUUACAAAGAUCUUUCAAUACAUUUUCUUGUUUAUUAAGCUUAUUAAAAUAUUAAGAAACUACCUAGAAAAUUUUAAUGUACAAUGACUUCAAGGAUGUGUGUAUUCAUGGAUGUCUUACCACAUGAAUUAUAAAAGAUGUCUGUUGACUCCACAGUGAAUGGAUCUUUGGGGAAGACUUGGGAGAAGAAACCCAGAAUUAUUUCUCAGGGUGGGCAGUAAGUACCUAUGUUCCUUGCUGGGUUCUUCCAGUCUUCCCUUCUCAGCAUGUCCAUGCCAGGGCUGGGAAACCCAAUAUGCCAGUAAUUCUGAACAGUUUCACUUUCUUCCAGUAAGACUGUCCAGGCAGGAUGUAAAGAAGAGGGGUAUUAUUUCCAAAUAAAAUUUUCUAGCAACCUAAGUUUGAAGAACCUCUUCAAAAUACUGGAAAACUUAAGUCCAUCAUAGACAGGUAUCUCCUUAGGGAACGAUUCCAUUCAAAGCACCUCUAAAUACCGCUAAGCUUUCCCAUGAAAACCUCCUCUCUUGCGUUAUAUGUUGCAUUUUGCACCUGGGUGCCUACAGCGACAUGUCAUUAAAGCCCAGCAUGGACAGCAGUUAGGUUCCAAGCUAUGGACUGUGCAUCUGCAGAAGAAACUAUCCCUAGGAAGGCAAGAGAGACAGGACUCUGAAAGCAGAGACGGGGGCAGUAUUCACAGUCUAGACGCUCCUUUGCCCUAGUGCAAAUCCAAACUGUAAAUAAUUGCUGUCAGAAACCACACAGUCUCACUAGAUGAAUCUGCAGCGGUGAUUAUCCAUUUAUCUUUCAGUUUUCGCAAAAGUGCGGCACAGCUUCAUUUGAUGUAUUUAUGUAAUCUUUCACGUUUGCUGCAUUCUCUCUGCCCUACUACUUGCACUUACAGAUUUGACUUUUAGCAAAUGACCUAAUUCGACACAUAUUAAAUUUUAAAGGCAUUUCUAAAUAAAUACUAAAGUGUCCAAGGCCAUAUCUGUAUACCAUUGAAUUUUAUAUUUAAUAUACAUUUGACUAAUUAGAAGAGAAAAUCAUCACCUAAAUUGGAUAUUCAUCUAUUUUAAAGGCAAGUAGCUUCACAUCUUGAAGAAAGUGAAGCUUUGCAAGGACAAUCUUCCCAUUGUCCUUCCACUCAACUAAAUUUCAUAUUUUCUUUGUUUCCAAAGGAUUUUAGACAAUGUAAUGGAAGCAAGUAAUUUAAAGUUUAUUUUGAUUCUAUUUUACCUCAAAAUAGUUAGAGAUAACUGAUUAUGGAUUACAUAAGCUUUCUUCUUUUUCUCACUUUAAAGUUGUUAUGUUUCUCCUUAGCCUUCCUGAUCUGCGUGAAAAUUAUCGCACUUGGGCAUAUAAAAAUAGAUUCCUGCUGAGAAAAGCAGCGGACCCUAAAUAUAUUGCAUGUGUGUUUUCCUCUGUUUAACUCCACCGAAUUUUUUUAAUAAAGGAAAAAUGAAACUAUGUGUUAACAGUAAAAUCCUUCUUGCUUCAGAUUUCCCAACUUUGAGGGGAAAAAGUUUGUAUUUCUCUUUAACCAAUAGCGAAAAAGUCUAAGUACUUAAGACACUUGGCAUUCAUAGUGGACAUCAGAUUGAUUUAAGUUAGGAGGUAUAACAGAUCAGUUACUUAAGCAUAAACAUGUUCUUAAAUGUUUGGCAUUUUAUCUUUCUCUUUCAGAUGUGUUACUGGUUCUCACAUUUUACAGACUAAUCAUGUUGUGUAUAAAGAUAUAAAAUAGAAUAUACACCAUUUUUUUUUUCUUUUUGCCAUAAAGGACAUCUUUGUAUUGCAUUGCAGUUCUCCUCCAGGGGAGAGCAGAGAUUGACCAGGUGUGGUGUGUAGGCCUAGCUUCAUAUCUUAGAAACUCAGGAACUCCGGAGUCUAAGGAAUAAAUAUACCCACUCUCCCUCACGUGAACCAGUUAACCUUUCAUUCUAAAUUUAAGUAAAACUGCAAGCAUGAGAAAAAAUAGAAUUUUUCACUGCAGUUUUUAUAGUCAGGUAAUGUGUUAGCAGCUGGAAGUUAACACAUAAUUUGGUUGUAUUACCCAUCAAAGAACUUUUCAUCUUUUAUUUUUUCUGCAGUAAGGGAAACAAAUUAUUCUCUAUUUUCCAAAUGUAUAAAGCACAAACAUGAUAUUGUUACUUAGAAUACAAGAUACUAUGAAAUGAAUGUGAAGAAUGGAAAAAUGUAUUUUUGCAUGAAAACAGACCACUUAUAAACUUGCUUCAUAUCUCAGGAAAAAAGGAGAAUGAUAUAUAAAAUUGAUAAACUAUAUGUCGAGUUAAGUUGCUGUAUUUUCCUGCCUGUCUUUAUUUUAAGGAAGCAUAUACAUGAAAAGAAAAAAAGAUCUUCAUAGUUCCUGAAUUUUCUCUCAAGUAUGCUGCACAGUCCUUUCUGUGAAUCUACAGUUAACCCCAGUAAGAAUGGAAUUAGCAUUCCAGUGAGGACAAGCCCUAAUGAGAAACUUUUCAGUUAAAGCACAUGAAUGGUUAUAACCCAGAGGCAAUAGAUAAAUACUACCUGGAACACAAGCAUUUCUAAACUUGGUCCCAAACAAAAGGUUUUCAUGAGGCGACCAUGGCUUUUAAACAUUCAUUUGACUGAUUAUUUUUAUUUUCCUUGUUAAAUCAUUGCAACAGUUGCAUGGGGGGAAAUGGAUAUUUUUGGAAGAAUUUGCUUAUUCUAUUUUCAAUUUUUAAAAAUUGAGAUUAAAAAAUUACCUUUUAAAUAUGCAUUAAAGUAUAUUAGCUAUAAUUAUAUUUUAGUUGCUUUGUUAUAAUAGCAUGCAUAUCAAAUACAAAAUGCACUUAUGAAAAAUUUUGUAAAAAAUAAAGAUUUUUUUGUUUCUCAAA